ACUACUACUACUACUACUAAUACUCCUACUACUACUACUACUCCUACUACUACUUCUACUCCUACUACUCCUACUACUACUACUGCUACUUCUACUACUUCUUCUACUACUACUGCUACUACUACUACUUCUACUACUUCUACUACUACUUCUCCUCCUACUACUACUCAUACUACUACUUCUACUCCUACUACUACUACUACUACUACUACUACUCCUACUUCUACUACUUCUACUCAUACUACUACUACUACUACUACUCCUCCUACUUCUACUCCUACUACUACUCCUACUACUACUAGUAGGACUACUACUACUACUCCUACUCCUACUUCUACUCCUACUACUACUAGUAGUACUACUACUACUACUCCUACUUCUACUCCUACUACUACUACUACUACUACUACUACUACUAGUACUACUACUACUCCUACUACUAAUACUACAUGUACUACUACUACUACUAAUACUCCUACUACUACUACUACUCCUCCUACUACUACUACUAUGACUCCUUCUACUACUACUACAUGACUCUUCUCUACUACUACUAAUACUACUACUACUACUACUACUCCUACUACUACUACUACUCCUACUACUUCUACUACUACUGCUACUUCUACUACUUCUUCUACUACUACUACUUCUACUACUACUUCUCCUCCUACUACUACUCAUACUACUACUGCUACUACUGCUACUGCUACUACUUCUACUACUGCUACUACUUCUACUACUUGUAGUGCACUUUGUUCUGGGGAUGUAGUUUUGGUCGAAGCCCAGAGAUGCAGCCAAUCAUUCCACAGCCAAUCAUCCGUGUUAGAAUAA